GACUUGGGAUAUAUUGGUAUGAUUAUGUAAAAUCUGUGUCUGGAUUGCUGUUUGUCCUUUCUUGCAGUGUAUUCUGUGCUCACUGAGUGGGAGGGUCACACUAUGUGAGACUAAUAAGGACAGAGCUGCAUCCCCCUCUACCACUCUUUGGAGACUCACUCCAGCAACUCCUCAGCACGACAGCAGCUUUGUACAGGCAUUCACUGUGCUUCUGGGGGACAUACUAGAGCAAAAAAUUAAAGAUUCGUGGCUGAUUGUUCACAUGAGUCCAGGGGGAGAUGAAGUACCUUGGAUCCUGCGUAGUUUGGCAUUGUAUGGCAGUCUUCUUCCUCCUUCCUGUUUCUACUUCUGUGGCUGUCACUGACCAGACAGGUGCAGUGUGUCCUGUGAUGAGAACAGUUGUCCAUCAACUCAGACAAGUCAACAGAGAUGAUCUCAGUGUUUCAGGGUUUGAUCUAGCAGAAAGCUUUUCUUUGAGACAAACAUUCUGUGGAGGGGAAAAAAUCUGUUUCAAACUGGGAAGCGCACCUCUCAUCAGAGACACAAAGCAAGUAUUUCCAAAGGGGCUUCCUGAAGAAUACUCUCUAGUAGCAACGUUCCGUGUACGACGAAACACCAAGAAAGAACGGUGGUAUAUAUGGCAAAUUUUAAAUCAGUAUAACACACCUCAGAUUGCCGUCCUUAUAGAUGGUGCAAAAAAAAUUGUGGAAUAUAUGACCAAAUCUGCUCAGGGAAAUAUACUGCACUACACUUUUAAGAGUCGAGAAAUCUAUCCACUGUUUGAUCGUCAGUGGCAUAAACUUGGUAUUAGCGUGCAGUCGGGGGUCAUUUCCCUCUAUUUGGAUUGUAAUUUAAUUGAGAGAAAGCAGACUGACGAAAAAUUCACCAUUGACUUUCAGGGAAGGACUUUGAUUGCUUCUCGUGCUGCAGAUGAUAAGCCAGUAGAUAUUGAACUUCAACGCAUAACAGUUUAUUGUAAUCCAAAACUUGGAACAAAAGAUACGUGUUGUGAAAUAUCUGCAGACCUGUGCCCCCAUGAUGACAGGUUACUUGCUACUACUUCUUCCCCAGUGACUGUUCAUGCCAGCAGAAUAUACACGCUUCCAGAAACACAGCAAGAAUCUAGAGACAGAUGCUUCUGCUUUCCAAAUAAAGGAGAAGCAGGAUUACCAGGAGUAGCUGGUUUGCCAGGCCAGAAAGGAGUUAAAGGUGAAAAGGGUGAAAUGGGUGCCAAAGGACAGGAUGGUGUUGCUGGUCUUCCUGGAGAAAAGGGUGAACAUGGCCUUGCAGGUAGUAAAGGUGAAGAAGGUGAACAGGGUGAAAAAGGAGAUAAAGGAGAACCAGGACCACAAGGCAUUCAUGGAAGAGAGGGAUUAAAAGGUGACCCUGGUAAUCCUGGUGUGGCUGGUCCUAAAGGAGAAAAGGGAGAUGUAGGACCUCCAGGACCAACUGCCUUAAGCGGUUUGCCAGGAUUGGAGGGUCCCCAAGGUCCACCUGGCAAAGAAGGUCAAAGGGGAAGACGAGGCAAACCAGGACUCCCUGGAAAACCAGGGCCACCAGGACCUCCUGGUCCUUCUGGGCUAAAAGGAAUUCUGGAUUCCCUGAACAAGCAUUAUAAUGAGAGUGAUACAAGACUACUAGGAUUACUAGGCACUCCUGGAUUUAAAGGCCAGAAGGGAGAAGUUGGUCAAAAAGGAGAAGUGGGAAUGACUGGUGCAAAAGGAGAAAAGGGAGAGCCUUCUGAAAAAGGGGACAAGGGAGAUCCAGGAGAAACUGGAUUGGAGGGAUCAAAAGGAAAUAAGGGUGAACCAGGACACCCUGGACCACCUGGUCUCAUGGGAAAUCCAGGAUCAAAGGGACUGCAAGGACCUCCAGGAUCUAUUGGACCCAGAGGACUACCAGGAGAAGUUGGCUUACCAGGAGAGCACGGGUUACCAGGAAAACCGGGAGUUAAAGGAGACAAGGGGGACCCUGGUGGGAUUAUGGGACCGCCUGGGCAUCCAGGUCCAAAAGGUGAAGUGGGGCCUCCUGGGCCAAGUCUGCCUGGAGCACCAGGUCCCACUGGUAUUCCUGGAAACCCAGGUCCGCGGGGACCAAAGGGAGAAAGAGGACUACCUGGUGUGCAAGGAGCCCCUGGGGAGAUGGGACCUCCUGGAGUAGGCAUUCAGGGAUCACCAGGUCCUAUGGGUCCAGCUGGGUCAGCAGGUGUCCAGGGCCCUAGAGGACCCCCAGGGUUACCAGGAACUCCAGGUACCCCAGGUAUUAAUGGCACUCCAGGACGAGAUGGAAAGCCAGGACUGCCAGGCCCUCCAGGUGAUCCUAUUGCACUGCCACUUGUGGGAGACAUGGGUACUAUACUGAAGGGUGAUCCUGGCAUAAGAGGUCCUCCAGGCAUCCCUGGUAGAGAAGGGCCAAAGGGAAGCAAAGGUGAGCGUGGAUUUCCUGGGCUUCCUGGAGAGAAAGGUGAUGAGGGCCUUCAAGGUGUUCCUGGACUGCCUGGGGUACCAGGACCCAGUGGACCUUCUGGCGUCACAGGAAGACCUGGACAUCCUGGUCCGGCAGGGUCAAAAGGCGAAAAGGGUAGCGAAGGUUCUCCUGGGAAGCCUGGACCACCUGGGCCUCCGGGUAUGCCUCACAAUGAAAGAAAUGGAAUGAGCAGCUUAUAUAAACUCCAGGGAGGCGUGAGUGUCGCUAGUUAUCCGGGUCCACCAGGACCUCCGGGUCCAAAAGGAGAUCCUGGUGCAGUGGGAGACCCAGGACCGAUGGGAUUACCAGGACUAGAAGGACUCCCAGGAGAAAAGGGUGACCGUGGACCGUCAGGCACACCAGGAGUGGCAGGGACACCGGGAAAGCCUGGAUCUCCAGGGUCCCCAGGGAUGCCAGGUGAACCUGGUGAAAGAGGACCUAUAGGAGAUAUAGGAUUCCCUGGGCCAGAAGGGCCACAAGGAAAACCAGGAAUCAAUGGAAAAGAUGGAUUGCCAGGUCCUCCGGGUGUUGUGGGGAGACCAGGAGACCGAGGGCCCAAAGGAGAACGUGGAGAUCAGGGUAUUCCAGGGGACAGAGGUCCACAAGGUGAAAGAGGGAAACCUGGCCCAUCAGGCGAAAAGGGGGCUAUGGGUCCUAUUGGGCCACCAGGAGACAGAGGCCAUCCAGGAUCACCGGGUCAUCAAGGUCCCCCAGGUUCACCAGGACCCCCAGGUUUUCUGGCUGAUACAGUUUCAUCUGAAGAAAUAAAAAAAUAUAUCAAACAAGAGGUCCUUAAGGUUUUUGAAGAGAGGAUGGCUCAGUUUGUGUCGCAGCUGAAGCUGCCUGCUGCAAUGCUUGCUUCCCAAGCUCAUGGAAAACCAGGGCCACCAGGAAAAGACGGUUUACCAGGGCCACCAGGACAAGACGGUUUACCAGGGCCACCAGGAGAACGUGGACUUCAGGUUUGGUCUGCUCUGGAGUCAGAGCAAGUCAGACUGGAUUGAAGAACAUGAAAGCAAAACUGAAGAUGUGUGGAUCCUAAAGCUAUCAGAAGAAUAAAGACUUAUUAACAUUGAUAAGAGCAAACCCUUGAGAGAAGCUUGAAAAAUAUGAUGAGCUCAGAAUAAGAAGAACAAACAAGAAUAAAGGAUCAAAGAAAACAAUUAAAAGGCUUAGAGUCUUACAACACUGACUUCUUCAUUUUCUAAAUAUUCAGAUUACUGUAAACAGUCAACUUUAAUGUCAGUGCCAGAUUGUGCAAUGAUUAUGUAUGCGGUGGAUAGUCUCAGAUGCUUCUGGGAAGUAGCACGUUGUACUAGGCUUAACUUCCAGCUAGUGAGCAUCAAGAGUGAAGAUGAUAGCUAUGCUUGAAAACAAAUAAAGCUGCUUUUUCAUGCCUUAUGCUUAAGUAAAAGUAGUGCCCCAGGUACAUAGGAUUUCCAUGUAUUUUACCAGUAUGCUCAAUACUGUUUUUUGGUUAGUAAGAGUUAAACUAAGUGAGAAGCAUUUACUUCUCUGAUAUAUCAGAAGAUAUAUAAAGUUAUACUGCAAAAGAAAGCACGCCAAACAUUUGUCUUGCCUCCUUAUUACACUAUGAGUAAAAGAUAUUACCCUGAGAGAAGCACAGUUACAAAUACAGUUCAUGCCUUUCCCUGCUGUGCCUGUCCAUGUUAUUGUUUUGUGCCAACAGGAAAAUGAAAUUCGUAUCUCUGAGCAGAUUGAAAAGUAUCCUUGCAUAUUUCAGUUUAUUCUCAGCCAUAAAAGAUGUGGCAGGCAGGACUUUUUGGAGAAGCAUGUUAUAUGCAUGUGUGUCUGAGGCCAUCAGGGUAGCACGCUUUCUGCACGUAUGCCCAGGUCAGCGAGGAAGCAUGCUGUGUUCAUGUACAUAGUCGGUGUGCUAAACAGAUAAUAUGCAUCGGACAGGAUUUUUCAUACUGCAAAACAGUAUGGCGAGCGGGGAAACAGCGAGUAAGCAAGUAUUGACAGCCAGUUAUUCAUUAUAGUAAUUCUCACUUGUUUGCAACCCAGAUUGCCUACUCCAGGUAUUUAAUAGGGUGUUACUCUGUGCAGUAAUAUGCAUCUGGGCUGCCAGAGUGAAUCAGUGUCUAUUUUGGUCACUUACAUGUCCCAUAUAGUCACUGAAAAGUAGACGCUUUUGAAGAGUAAUUCAUAGGACCUGCGUGAUCACUUGCAGAGCAGGUGGCUAUUCGUGCAUGCUGAGCAGAGGGCCUCCUCGAGGAGGCAGGUGUUGCCUGUCUUUAUUUAAGGCAUUCUUAAACUAUUGGGAAUAGAGGCAUCCAUUUCUAAUGAAUUCUAGAAUUGUAACCUGCUAUCCUUGAGUAAGGUUGGUCCUAGUAUGGAUCAGGUAGUUCCCAAUGCUUUAGGUACAAAUAAUUUUGAUUUUAUACGAUGGUCUCAGUAAAAACAUAGCAUGCAAACGAAAAAAAACCAACAGAGUUGCAACAUGAAUGAUGAAAUAUGCAUUUGGCGGUUAAACAGACUUUGUAUAAGAAUGAUUGAAAGAUUGAUGUAUAUGUUUCCUCACUGAAAAAAAAAAAAUUACCUAUGGCGUAAGCUACAGGAAGCUGAUACUGUGAGGCACUGUGACCAGUGAAAUGUACAGCAUCUGUUUAAGGGAGAGCAGAGGAACUAGUUUACUAUGUAUGUGUUUCAAAGGAUGCUAGUGUCUUUUAGACAAACAAGAAGUUUAUUUAAACACUUUAUUGACAAGUUUUACCAUCAUCCAUUUUGCAUGCAAUCAGUCAGACUCUGUCAUGUGUUAGAUAAACUAGCUCAAUUAACUCCAUUGAUUUAAUUAGAUUUUUAAAAAUAAAAUAGAAAGUGAGUUUUGGUCCAUUAGUCCAAAUUCACAUUGGGGUAAUUUUGCAAUCCAGAGAUGCAUAUUAUCCCUUGCAUUAAUGAGACUAUUGAUUUUUGUCCUAAGGAAAAGAAGGGUUCAUCCUAGUUAAAGUUCACUGUUUCUGUUAUAUUAAGGAAACAUCAAGAGAUUUUUAUGGAUCCUCAAAACUCGUGGUAGCCCCAGGGAAUCAACCAUCUCAGCUCAGGAAAGAAAAAUACCAUUUGAUGAAUAGUAAAAAUUCCCUUUCUUGAUUGCUGAACUCUGCUUUAAAAUUUAUAUCUGUUGCUAAUUUGUAUUGUGGGAGCAUCUAGAGGCCUUGGUUGACAUCAGGAGCCCAUUGUAGUAGAUGCUGUCCAGAUAGGGUCACUUUUUACUUCAGAAAUAGCUGCAGAGUUUUAAAGUCUUACCUCCCCUAAGCUGUUCUUUACUGUGGAAGUGAAAUCAACUUAUUUUUACUCUGAUUUGAAAACCAGUUACUACCUCACAGCUGAGAGGGCUGUGACGCAAAGAACAGAUUCAGACUGUGCACUGGAAACUGGAUAGGAAGGGCUUGCUUGCUCUUAGCACCAUUUCUGCUGCUUUGCCGUUUUGUGUUUUUACGAAUGCAGUGAUAUGCACACUAUUUGCACACUGAAAUACAAUGGAUACUUUGGAAUCAUUGUUCUCUGCUGUGUUAAUGUAUUUGCCUCACAUUUGUGUUAAAAGAACCUCAGAUUUCUCUGGAUACUGCCGUGCUAGUUUCGGCUGCUGUAUUCGCCAUGCACAUGGAAGAGGGUCUCAGAAUAUAGAUGGAAUUCCCUUUGGGGCUGUUUAAAUGAGAUGACUUUUUCUAUCCCUCCAGAGCAUACAGAUACGAAAUAGUAUCAUUUCCAAGUAGAGCUCAGGCUGUUGCAAUAUUUGCUUCUGACAGACUGCAAUAUUUGUAGUACUGUUAGAUAGCACCAAACCAUAAGCUACGUUUUAGCUAUCACUGGUCUAUGAACAGAAGAAGAGUGCUUAAUCUGCUUAAAUACAUACUUGCUACAUACUACUACUAAGUGUUUACCAUACCACCCACAUUGGGUACAUGUUUACAUGCAACAACUUUUGGGAUGCAGAAAUUGUGACAAAACUUCUGGAACCCAAGUGAAAGGCUUUGGUAAAGCAGUUGCCUCUGGAAGCCUUUCGAAUCAAGCAGGAACCUCUUACUGGAGUUGUGAUUCUACCAGUAGAAGCAUAAAAUAUCUUAUAUUUGCCUUUGUGUUAAAACCAAUAAAUCGAAACCUUAUUCAGGUAUGUGAUAAUAUUUUCCUUUGACUGUGUAUGAAUUUGUCACUUUAAGCUCAGAUAGAAGGUAAUACUAUCCUCUGGAAGUGUAAUCAUGGGACCUGCUUCUGAGCAAAAUAUACCUCACUGAAAAUCAAAUAUUGCACUGCCAGAGUCACAUAUUGCAUUGUUUAGAUUGUUUACUUAUAAGCCUGUUUACUUAUAUGCUUAUACUCUGUUAAAUAAAGCCUUGUUUUUAGGAAAGCUACCCGGGAAAUUUUAUAUUAAACUUCAGUGUUAACAAAACUUGCUCUGCCACUAUGUACGAACUACACCUUUGUAUAUGUAUCCAGGUACAGCUAGUAAUUGUUUACUCAGUCCUUGUUCAUACAUUUGCAUAGGCAGCCUGCUGUUUGUACUGUUGUUUUUUUUCCCCCUUAUUGUCUUGAAUUCCAGUGAUGUUUACAGAAUCUUUCAAUCUAUCUUGAUCCAUUUUCAACUAUGUUAUGUCAGUUAUCUACAAUAAUGCUAUUAUGGAGAUUGUAAAUGUGCUAUAUCGUAAAUGUGAUUUCUCUCUCUUCCCCAUAGCUCAAGAAAUGCAAAACAGAUAAUGAGUGGCAGCACUACUUUGUAAAAUUAUAAUUAACUGGGUUUGUAGUGAGAAAUGUACUGUAACUAUCUAUUGUAAAUUAAGAAACAUAGAGAUAUAUAAUAAAUAGGAAAUGUAAUAGA